CCCGAGAAGGUGUGGCGCUGCUGGAUGGCUGAUUCGUAAUGGAAAACGGGACUCUUGACCGGGACCUGGGAGGAUCCCAAGACGCAUCCAACCCGAAGAAGAACAAAACCACUUGAUCAGACACAGCUCAUUUCUAUAUAAGGUUCCUCAUUGACCAUGGCCAAAGCAGUCGCGAUCGUGAUUCCAAACUCAAAUAUCGGUGUUCCGUUGUCUAUCGGGUCGAGUCGGUUGUCGUUCCUCAGCAGUGAGUCAGUGGUGUUGAAAUAUGAACUGAAGUGAAUCUCAAGCGCACAAGCAAAUCAGAAUGAAGACCUGGGACCUGUUUGUGUUGGGUGUGUUGGGAGUGAUCAUAACGGUGCUACUCGAUUGUGGUGACCCAGUUGGCGCGUUGUCCACCGUUGGACGAACCUCGGAUGGAUUGGUAGUGGAUCCUGCGGCUCCGGCUGAGGCCAUUCCGGAGGACGCGGCCAAAGAGGAACAAAUUGUGCCGGUCAAGUACAACGGAGCCCAGUUGUGGAGGAUCGAUUACGACGAUCAGAAGAAGAAGAAUGCAGUGGCUGAUUUGCAGAACAAAUAUGAUGCCUCCAUGUGGAACUACAACAUCACAUACGUGGACGUAUUCAUAAAAGGACCAAAACUGGCCGGCGCCCGAAAACUACUCUCCAAAGCCCGUAUUCCGUUCGAGGUGAUUAUCGAAGACGUCCAGAAAGCGAUCGACACCGAAAAUCCACCCAAAGAUGCGGUGGACCUAUGGGAAAAUCGCGACGGCCACCGCAUGACUUGGACGGCCUACCAUCGUUUGAAGGACAUCCACGAAUGGAUGGACUACCUGGCCAAGACCUAUCCGGAUAUCUGCAGCACCCAAAGCAUCGGCAAGUCCUUCCAGGGCCGAGAUCUCAAAGUGCUCCGGAUCUCCAACGGAAAUCCAUCCAACGCAGCCGUUUGGAUCGACGGAGGAAUCCACGCUCGCGAGUGGAUAAGCCCGGCCACGGUGACCUACGUGGUGAACCAGCUGGCAGAGGAAUGGGACGAUCAACCGGAGUACAUCCGCAACAUCGACUGGUACGUGCUGCCGGUGCAGAACCCCGACGGAUACGAAUACACCCACCAGGGAGACCGUCUGUGGCGGAAGAAUCGACGAGGGUCGCUUUAUGGGCCGUGCGCCGGAGUGGAUCUUAAUCGCAACUAUGGCUACAAAUGGGGCGGACAGGGAUCCUCGAAGCAGCCGUGUUCGGAAAUCUACGCCGGAAGUGGACCGUUCUCGGAACCGGAAACGAAGGCCGUGAGUACGUUCAUGCAGAACUCGGCCGCCAACUGGAAGGGAUUCCUGACGUUCCACAGCUACGGGCAGUACAUUCUGUAUCCGUGGGGUUACGAUCGAGUCGUUCCUCCGGAUCAUCAGGACUUGAAGGCCGUUGGAGACGAAGCUGCUCAGAAAAUGCUUCAAACGGGAGGAGCAUCCUACACCGUGGGGCCAUCCGGUAACACCCUGUAUCCUGCGGCCGGCGGUGCGGACGAUUGGGCCCGUGGGGAAAUGAAAAUCAAAUACUCCUACACGGUGGAGUUGCGUGACAGUGGUCGCCAUGGGUUCGUUCUUCCGGCUAGUCAGAUCCAGCCCACCGGAGAGGAAGCUUUCCUGUUCGUUGAUGCGGUAGGCCGUGCCAUAUCCAAGUUGAAAUAAAGUGCCAACUAUUUAUUAAAGAAAA